AUGGAGAAAUACUUCAUUGUGAAGCACACGCGGCGAGAUGAGGGGGCUUAUGCUCGUGAAGCUAUCCAGGUACCUCGGAUCGAGCCGGUCGCUAGUGUGUUAAGCCAGAUAUUGAGGAGACUUCAAGCUUUCAUUCUAUUACAUGACCAUACUUCAUUGGCAACUGUUCCCAAUAUCAGCACUGAUGAAGCUGCUCUUCUAGCCUUGAAAUCUCAUAUUUCUUCUUCUGAUCCUAACAACAUCGGUCUUCUUCCAGCCCAGUGUGCAGCUGGAUUGGAAUCAGUUGCAGCUCUCGCCACCGAGAGAUACCAGGCGCUGUCAUUAUACAAUAAUGUGUUUACUGGUCCCGUACCUGCUAGCAUUUUCAACAUGUUAGAACUGCAGAUCAUAGGACUUGCAGGAAACAGGUUUUCAGUUACUCUACCUUCAGAUUUUGACCGUCAACUGCCCAACCUGGAAAACUUUUCUUGUUCAAGUAAUCUUUUGAGCGAUUUUAUCUCGUCUUCAAUCUCAAAUUCUUCAAGACUCACGGGACUUGAUAUCUCAUGGAAUAGUUUCACAGAUCCAAUUCCUGAAUCACUUGGUAACUUAGAAUAUCUUGAGAUUUUACACUUGGGGAGUAAUAAGUUUUUCAGUGAUUCAGCAUUGAGCUUCCUUACAUCACUCACAAACUGUAGGGAACUAAGAGUAUUCAAAUUUGAUCGGAAUCCGUUGGACGGUGUUUUUCCUGCAUCAGUUGGAAAUUUUUCUGCUAUGCAAAAUUUUGAAGGACAGGGUUGUAAACUGAAGGGCGUCGUUCCGGAAGAAAUUGGUAAUCUUACUGGAAUGAAAAUGAUGAGUCUGCAAAACAAUGAGUUGGCUGGACAUAUUCCAAAGAAUGUUGAACCUUCAAGAACUUUACCUGCAAAGCAACAAGAUAGAAGGACCCAUACCAGAUAUUAUCUGCAAUUUAAAGAGUCUUGGUGCAUUAGACUUAUCAGGAAACCAUUUUUCUGGUUCAGUGCUACCAUGCUUAGGAAGUGUUACCAUGGGCAAAUUCCACUAGAGAUUGGAAAUUUAAAGGCUGCAACACUCAUCGAUCUGUCAAAAAAUGAUUUCUCUGGUAAGAUCCCCAACAUCUUAGGGUACCUUGAUAAAUUGAUCAAACUUUCUCUAGCGCAUAAUAGAUUAGACGGGCCUAUCCCGGAUAAAUUGAUAGGCCUUGGAAUUCUUGGAUUUGUUGGAGAGAUUCCCACUGGAGGUCCUUACGCAAAUUUCACAAGUCAUUCUUUCUUGUCCAAUAAUGCUCUGUGUGGUGAUUCUACCAAGAGGAAGAAGAGAAUCUUGGUUUUGUACGUCCCUUUGGGAGUGGGCCUGCUUUUUCUUGCAUAUGUAUUUUUAAGAUUGCGAAAGAAAAAGAAGAAUACAGGUCAAGCAGAUGUGUCUCUGGUAAAAGGGCAUGAAAGAAUUUCCUAUUAUGAACUUGAACAAGCAACAGAAGGAUUCAGUGAAAGCAACUUUCUUGGGUAG